AUGAGGCAAGACUGGUGGAGGAAGGCAGAGGAGGGAAACAGAUCCCUGAUUUUAAUCCAGCUCUUUCUUUGGAACUCUUUCAGGUUUAUUGCCAAGCCAUGUGCCAUAAACCUUGGCAUUCAGGACAGUGGACCUCACAGAGCCCAGCCCAAUGCAAUUUUAGAGAAGGUGUUUACAUCCAUCACUAAGUCUCCAGAUGGAAAGAGGUUAGAAGGCUUGUCAAAGCAGCUAGACUGGGAUGUGCGAAAGAUCCAGCGCUGGUUUCGUCACCGGAGGAACCAGGACAAACCCACCACCCUCACAAAAUUUUGUGAGAGCAUGUGGAGAUUUACAUUUUAUUUAAGUAUAUUUUUUUAUGGAAUCAGGUUUCUCUGGACGGCACCCUGGUUUUGGGACACACGACAGUGCUGGUAUAACUACCCUUUUCAGCCUCUAACAUCCAGGCUUUAUUAUUACUAUAUUUUGGAGCUGGCCUUUUAUUGGUCUCUCAUGUUUUCUCAGUUUACAGACAUUAAACGGAAGGACUUUCUGAUCAUGUUUGUCCAUCAUUUGGCUACAAUUGGACUCAUCACGUUCUCUUACAUGAAUAACAUGGUGCGGGUUGGAACUCUGGUGCUGUGUCUCCAUGAUGCAUCAGAUUUCCUUUUAGAGGCUGCAAAGCUAGCUAAUUAUGCCAAGUACCAACGUCUCUGUGAUGCUUUCUUCAUGCUCUUUGGUGUCGUGUUCAUCGUUACACGGUUGGGCAUUUAUCCUUUCUGGAUUUUGAACACAACCCUGUUUGAAAGCUGGGAGCUGAUCGGUCCUUACCCUUCCUGGUGGCUCUUCAAUGGGCUCCUGAUCACCCUGCAGAUCUUGCACAUCAUCUGGUCCUAUCUCAUCAUCCGCACUGCCUCCAAGGCCCUGGUGAGGGGAAAGGUGUCCAAGGAUGACCGGAGUGACGUGGAGAGCAGCUCUGAGGAGGAGGAGGUGACUCCCCACAGCACAAAAGGAGUUCUCAGCACUUCCAGUAACGGUUCCAACCGCAUCAACGGCCACGUGGGCAGUGGCCAGUGGACAGAAGAGGAGUAG